AUGGAUACUCCCUACGAACCUGCACCAGCUCCUCCGCCUGGUCCGGCUCUUCUUGACGACAACGAGUCCAACAUGCUGGAUAAUUUCUUUACUACAAUGAAUUCGAAUCAUUUCUCAAACGAUCUUUGGUUGCGUGGCCAGCAGAACAAGCAUCUUGGUGGUGGCUUCAACAACUUCGAAUGGUCAAAUGAGCUUCCCCCGACGUUUGAGGGAUCGACAACAUCACUUUCACAGCCGACACACUCUCAUCGUGGUCUAGAGAAAGCCGGUGGAGAUAUUAUGGGCAACAAUGCGGGUGCGAGCUCGGACAUUCUUGCGGCUGCAUCGAUGCUCUACCAAAACGGAAUGAACGCACCUGAAUUCACCAACCCUUUCAAUCACCAACCUUUCGCUGGAAAUACCUUUUCCGAGAUGAACGGCAACAGCUCAAAUAUGAAUGGACACGGCAAGAACCUGCAACAUAGUAACCAUGCCUCAUUCAAGCAACCAAACGCACCGUUCCGUGCACGUCUACCGUCCGGGUUCCAUACUUCGGAGAUGCUUUUCGAUGUGCAUCAACCAAUGUCUGCUGAUCAACAAGCAUCGGCAAAAGUGCGACCUCUUCAUUGGGGAUCGGACAUUAGUUUCAUGGAUCAGGGCUAUAUCGCUCCAGCCGACCAGCCCAAUGAAGAAGAGCGAACAAAGGAGUUGCUUGACAAUCUGGAGUGUCUCGAGCCUCAGAGUAGCGCGGCCAAUACUCGAGCCCCCAGCCCAGAUCGAAUGGCAACUGGUCACCAUAUGCACUGGGCUGGGUCGAAUACCAGCGUUUCGCAAAAUGACAUACGGAAUGGGUACGGGAAUACUGUGGAAGAUGACUUGCAGCCCAUCAAGAGACGGAAAACAUUGGUAAAAGAAGAGGAUGACGAAAAUUCAGAUGCAGAUGGCAACAGACCAAAGUCAAGAAGAUCAAAGGGCCCCGGUUAUAGCAAAACCAGACGGGGAUCCAAUGAUACAUUCCGAAAAUCACGAAUGUCACAAGGGGCAAAAUCUGCGCGAGAGAAUCUGACUGAAGACCAGAAACGGAGUAACCAUAUUCUCUCUGAGCAGAAGCGCCGGAAUCUUAUCAGGCAAGGCUUUGAUGAGAUGUGCUCGCUUGUGCCUGGACUAAGAGGUGGAGGAUUCAGCAAAAGUGCCAUGCUUACCCAAGCCGCAGACUGGUUGGAGGAUACAAUACGUGGAAAUGAGAUCCUCAGGGCACAGCUAGCGGAUCUAAAAGCAGUGAAUGGCUUGGUGAUGCCACGAUGA